ACGAGCCUAUACCUAUAGCGGUUUCUUCAAAACUGUUGUUUCGGAUUGCGGAGUGUUGUUGUAAUUAUUUGAAUAAUCAUAAAAAUGGGGGCAGAAAAGGAGGAAAACAUUGAUACUGAAGCAGAAUUGGAAGAAUUUGCAAUGCAUUUUGAGGCAAAUCGUUUGGAUUCGUUUAAGGACUGGCCCUUCCUAGAAGAUUGUUCCUGUGUUCCACAAAAGCUUGCUGAAGCUGGAUUCUAUCAUAUCCCAAGUGAACAAGAACCAGAUGCUGUCAGGUGUUUCAUGUGUCUCAAGGAGCUGGAUGGAUGGGAACCAGAUGAUGAUCCAAUGAGCGAGCACAAAAAGCAUGCACCAAAGUGUCCUUUCAUAAAGCACUGGAAACCAGAGGAAGAGUACACAGUGACAGAUUUCAUCAAGAGCAUAGCAGAGCGUCAACAAGCAAGAGUGAAACGUAUAGCAGAGACGAAGAUCAAAGAAUUCAAGCAACAGGCUGAAGAAGUCCGGAAACAGAUGGAACUCUUGGCUUAAAGACUACAACUAAAGGCUAGUCUCAGUUCCAAAGUGAAUGCAUGUUUACAUGUAUUGUGUCGUGAUGCUGAUUCAAAUCUUACUUUUAUUUUUAUUUCAGUUCAGCCAUUCAUAAUUUGUUAAUCGUUUUAGAAAUCUGAAGGAAUAGUCAUUUGACAAUGGGCCUUUUAAUUUAGGCAACAUAGGCCUAAUAAAACCCCUCAAGAAAUUCAGGUGAAGUGUUGACAUCUCUAUUGUUAGUACAUUGUAUAUUAUAUUUGACGGUGGUAUCAUUGAAAAGCCUGUUUAUUCCUCUUUACAAUGAUGCCCCAUUUGUAAUCAUGGAAUGUGCAGUACACUUGAAUAUGCCCCCCCCCCCCCCCCCCCCCCGAGUCAAAAUGUUGCAAAAAAGCAUUGUAAUUGUCAAUAGUGAAUUCUUCCAUUGUCUUUUGAAGAAAUAACAACGCACAUUUGCAACAAUUCCAGUUACAUUUCACAUCUGACAUGGCCCCAUAUUCAGGUUUACUGCGUAGUCCAUGAUAACACAAUCAUUACGAACGGGGCAUUACUGUAAAGGGGAAUAAACAGGCUUUUAAUUGUUUUCAAUUUUGAGGAAUUGACAUGAAAAUCAAGUCAAAUCAAAGUCAUAUUGGAAAGUAGGUCUUCUCCAUCUCGGCUCUUUUCUAAUUCAAUCAUAGUUGAACCAUCUCUUGUAAAAACUUGACUGGAUUGAGCAUUGAUUAAAAUGUUUCAUCUUAAUUUAUGACUUGAUGACUUUAAAUGCCUUCAUGAGGGAAAGGAGAAUAAGAUUUCCAUUACUUUGGUGUUCUCUGGGAAAUAAAUUGGAUCAUUCAUGAGUAUUGUCAUUUUCUCCCCUUUUUUCUCAAGUUGUUAUCUUCUCAUUUGGACCUAAUAUGUUGUGUAUAAUCUAACCUACAGCAUGCGCAUUAGUUUCGUACAGACAAAUGUACAAGUAAAGAACUGCUCCUCAGACUCCUCUUUGUUUUCAGAAUGUAUUAUUAUUUCCACCCAAUUGUACAGUUAGAAACAUGUAUUUUAUAUAUCUAUAGAUAGGCAUAUAUUUUGUACAAAUCACUGUCUUUGAAACAUACAAUAUUACAUUAAGAGUAGAUUUAGUGCAGGAGGUCUUAUCCUAGUUUUUUAAGGUAAUGAAUGGUUUUGUAACUAAAACAAUUAAUUCUAAUUCAAUGGAAAAAAUAACUUCAGAGAGGAAAAUAGCACCUGCCAAACAUUUCAUGGGGGAGGGGCUAUCACAUCUCUAGAUUUUGGGGGUUUAUUUGAGAGGCCAUAAGUUUACAAAGUCCUUAUUUAGAAUAUAAGGAAUACAUUUUAUAUACCUCUUUUCUUCCAGAGGAAAGUGUUUAAUACCUUACCUCCAUGUGUCAGUCUGUAUCAAAUGUAAAUAAAUAAAUUCAUGUAUAUAUUCAAGAGCAA